AUGCCCUCACUCAAAAAUAUCCUCCAUAAGCGCGAUUCAGUCUCCAAAGACAAACCCCCCAUACCAACCACUUCACCCGAGGCCAUCCCAACAUCUCCACCACCCCCCGAAAUCACAUUCCUCCGCUCAGAUACAUUCGGCCACGAGGAGAUCACCCCACCAGUAUACCCCGACCACCACGAUCCUCAUCAACAAAACCAAAUCACGACCUUGAAAUCCGACGAACCGCCCAGCACACCAACAACAUCCUCCCCACGCCGCAGUUUCCAAAUCUUCCGCCGCUCCUCCUCCGCCCGCUCCCUCUCCAACAACAACCCCUCAUCCUCCUCACCAUCCCAACCACCGCGCCGAGAACGCCGCCUGUCAAAUCUACUCCACCUCGACCACCGCAGCCGGAGCAACUCACGCGAUUCCUCGUCCGCAAAUAUCCCCCAAGAUCUACCACAAAUCGAAGACGAGGAAGGCGAUGAACGGGAGCAGGAAGCGCAAUGGGAAAAGAGAGCUACAGUGCUAGUGCAGAAGAAUCCGCAUUUCGGUCCGACGUCGCCGAUUCAUUCGCAGACGGAGUUGAGACCGGGUCAGAUGCCUAGAUCGAGGAGUUCUAGUUCUGUCGGUGAUCAGCAGGAUGAUAUCAAUAUCCAGGAAGCGAUUCGAUUGCAUGAGGCAGGUGAUUUGGAACGAUCUACCAAGAUGUUCGGCCACUUGGCUGAUCCCAAUGGCACAAAUAACCCUCUCAGCCAAGUUCUCUACGGACUAGCACUACGACACGGCUGGGGCUGCACAAAAGACGAAACACGAGCAGUAACCUACCUCUCCGCCGCAGCCUCCAACUCCGCCGAUAUCGAAUCCGAGGCCCUCCGCGCGGGCAUAAAGAAAGGUGGCGCCGCAAAGGGCGAGUUAAUCCUCGCCAUCUUCGAGUUGGCGAAUUGUUUCCGGAAUGGCUGGGGCGUCGAGAAGGAUCCCGCUGCUGCGAGACAGUAUUAUGAGACGGCUGCUAAUUUGGGGGACCUUGAUGCGAUGGAUCAAGUUGCUUGGUGUUAUAUUGAGGGGUUUGGGGGGAAGAAAGAUAAGUUCAAAGCGGCGAAGUAUCUUCGAUUAUCGGAGAAGAAUGGGGGGCCUACGGUUGGGAAUUCAUGGUAUGUGUUUGUCUCGUUUCUGGGAGAGGUUUGA